AUGAAACUAUUUGUCGAUACAGAUGCUGAUACUCGUUUAGCUCGUCGUGUUCUACGUGAUAUGAAAGAACAUGGAAGAAAUUUAGAACAUAUUUUAGCUGGCUAUAUAAAUCAUGUUAAACCAUCAUUUGAAGAUUUUUGUUUGCCAACAAAAAAAUAUGCUGAUGUCAUUAUACCACGUGGUGCUGACAAUCACGUUGCUGUGGAUCUUAUUAUACAACAUAUCAGAGAUUUUAUUCAAUAUAAACCAGGCAAAACUGAAACCCAACAAUCAAUAGAAUAUAAUUUACGAUCCCGACCUCAUUAG